AUGGAGGCGCCAUCAACAUCUACGACAGACCUUCAGGAUGCUAAGACCGGACCAUGUACCAUUGAUGGCACGACUACUUCAACGUCCCGCACUUUGCUUGUUGGAGAGGUACAGUGCAAAGAGACACAUGCAAAUGCUGGAAACUCGACAUACGUUGAAAUAGAAGCCCGCUUGAUAACCAUAGACAAAGAUAUGCUGCAAUGUCUCGGAGAAGACCCAACCCGUGAAGGCCUCGCCAAAACCCCCGAAAGAUAUGCCAGGGCAAUUUUAUUCUUUACCAAGGGCUACACUGAGAAUCCCAAGGAUAUUGUUGGCAAUGCUAUCUUCACAGUCGAUAGCCGGGAGCUUGUGCUGGUCAAAGAUAUAGAGAUAUCUAGUCUCUGCGAGCAUCAUCUGAUGCCAUUUGUCGGAAAGAUCCACAUAGGUUAUAUUCCCGAUGGCCGUGUGCUUGGUCUCUCUAAGCUCGCUCGCUUGGCAGAAAGUUUUGCUCGGCGCUUACAACUCCAAGAGAGGCUCACGCAACAGAUUGCCAAUGCCAUUCAGCAGAUUCUUGAGCCUCAGGGGGUUGGUGUGAUCAUGGAAGCAAGCCACAUGUGCAUGGUCACACGAGGCACUCAAAAAUUCGCCGCCAUGACGACAACCUGCUGUAUGACCGGCGUAUUGCAGCGUGACGGCAGGGCCAGGGAUCACUUCUACUUCCUUCUCAAUCGGCGAUAA